AUGUCAAGCGUACACUUGGUAGUGCUGAUACAUGGGCUAUGGGGUUCACCGACACAUUUAGCAGUAGCCAAAGAAGAACUUGAAAAGGCAUGGUUAGCUCAUAAGGAUCAUGGGAGUGAGACGAACAAAACCCAAGAUGUUUCUGGACCAGAUGAAGAUCCAACUAUAACCACUAAACUUUCGUCUAACUCUGUAGAAGGACAGGUCGGCAAAGAAAGGACAAAGGAAGAUGAUGAAGAAGAAAAAGAUGUAGAACCAGAAUUGGUUAUUAUGAUUGCUGGAGGAAUGACAAGUCAAUUGACUUAUGAUGGUAUUGAUGUAUGUGCUAGUAGAGUAGCAUAUGAGGUAGAUCAGAAAAUACUGGAACUGGAACAUGGUGGUAAGAAAGUCCACCAAUUCAGCUUGAUGGGUUAUUCUCUUGGAGGACUGGUAGCUCGAUAUCUAGUUGGACUGUUACAUUCCCGACAACCAUCUUUCUUUGAUAUACAUCAUCCAGUCUCAUUCUCAACCAUAUCAUCUCCUCAUUAUGGUAUACCGAAAUACAACACUUUGCUGUCAACCGUAUUGGGCUUUUUAGGCGCUAGGGUGAUGUCGAGAUCAGGUGAACAGAUGUGGGUGAAGGAUACAUACUCGGAUGAAGAUCAAAGACCUUUGCUAGAAAUCAUGGCUGAUCCACGAGGAAUAUUUUAUCAAGGGCUAGAACAGUUUGAUAGAUUAGAUAUAUACGCCAGUGCGGUAAACGACCACUCAGUUCCAUACCCUACAGCAGCUAUCGAACCAACAGAUCACUUCGCACAAUGGGGAGAAAAGAAUCUCUCCAUUGAAUCAAAUGAAGAUGGUAUCAUUCAGUCGUGGUCAUCUACCAAUAAUGCCAACGGAGAGGCGUAUGAAAAACCCAAAACCUCAAAAGCAAAAACGAAGAAAAGAUUUGGAAUGAAGGUUGGAACGUUACCUCCUGUUUUGAGAUACAGGUUCCCUUUCAAUUAUAUCAUCUUGGCUUUAUUCCCUAUCAUGUUACCUCUCAUCGUAGUCCUUAUUCUCACUCGACAAUCAUUGGAUACUAGAAGAUCAAAACGACGACUUCAACAGCUCUCUCAAACUUCUUCGGGAGGUUCACAUUCACCUGUACCAUCUUCGGGCGGAUUAUCCAUUCAAGCUUUACGUGAUGGUAUAAGAAGGAUUGAAAGAUCACUAGAGAACGAUCUUGUCGAAACAGUUGAAGAUUCACCUAGUCUAUUCAAAGUUGAUCACCAUCAUCUCCAACACGGGACUGCGAACUCACUAGAUGAUCAUGAAGUUGGUGGUGAUGAUGAUCUCCAAGUUCAACUGAAAGAUAGUCAACUCAGGAUGUGUUUGUGGUUGAACCAAUUACCCCUGAAGAAACAUCUCGCAUUUUGGCCGGAAAUUUCAAAUGCUCAUGCGACGGCUAUAGUCAGAGAUCCUAUACAAUUUCCUGCGCAUGAGAGAGGAAGAGGAUUGAUCAAGCUUUGGGCAAGCAAUACUUUAGGAUAUGAGACAAAGGAUACAUAG